CCGCGAGCUCUGCGGCUGCGCAUUCGUCCAGCUUUGCGGCCGCACUGCUUGACGGCAGCUGCUCCGCCUUCCGGCCGGCGUUGCCGGGUAACGACGAGCGCGCGGGGCCAAGGAAGAACAGUCACCCUUGAGAAAUGGCUGAAGCAGUUUUCCAUGCCCCAAAGAGGAAAAGAAGAGUGUAUGAGAAUUAUGAGUCUCCAUUACCGAUCCCUUUUGGUCAGGACUGUGGUCCUAAGAAAGACUUCAGAAUAUUCCGUGCCGAAAUGAUAAACAACAAUGUGAUUGUGAGGAACACAGAAGAUAUUGAGCAGCUGUAUGGGAGAGGUUAUUUUGGAAAAGGCGUCCUGUCUCGAAGCCGACCAAACUUCACAGUUUCAGAUCCUAAGCUGCUUGCCAAAUGGAAAGAUACAAAGACAGACAUGCCUAUAAUCACAUCAAAGAAGUAUCAGCAUCGCGUAGGAUGGGCCACGGAGCUCCUGCGAAGGCAGGGGCAGGAUGAGAGCACAGUGCGUAGAUUCCUCGAGGACUACACAAAACCACUUGAGCAUGCUUGUGUAAGGAGUGAGGAGGUUCCAUGGCAUGAUAAACUGGACUCUGAAAUGGUCUCCCAAACAGAAGGCCCGGCAGAUAGAGAGAAACUUCCUGCGAUGAACGGGGACUCGGAAAAGUCAGAUGACAUGGAGGAUCCCAGCAAGCCACCAGCCUGCCUGCAAGAGGGCUCUGGGCAUGGCCCGCUGAGGACAAGCAGCUUGGAUGAGCACAUGGUACAGGUGGCUGCACUUCUGCCCCAAGUCCAUCGCAGCAGACAAGAUGUUCACCUGCCCCAGUGCAGUGCCCAGCCUGAGGAUGGCAGCCAACCAGCGGGCAUCAUCUGUGCUGGAGAGAGAAGGCCCGAGGCUGAGUACCUGCUGGUGGAGGAGGUCAUGUGCGAUGGGAGCGAGAGGGGAGAUGCCUCAGAUGAGGAAUUGACACAAAAAAAGAGACUAAUAUGCAGAAGAAAUCCAUAUAGGAUUUUGGAAUAUUUGCAGCUCAGCCUAGAAGAGGCCUUCUUCCUGGUUUAUGCUCUGGGUUGUCUGAGUAUUUAUUAUGAGAAGGAGCCUUUAACGAUUGUGAAACUCUGGAAAGUUUUCACCAGAAUUCAGCCCACAUUCAGAACUACGUACAUGGCGUACCAUUACUUUCGAAGCAAGGGCUGGGUGCCCAAGGUGGGCCUUAAGUAUGGAACAGAUUUACUGUUGUAUCGAAAAGGCCCUCCAUUUUACCACGCAAGUUACUCUGUCAUCGUUGAGCUAGUCGACAACCAGUUCAGGGGCUCUCUUCGCAGGCCUUUCAGCUGGAAGUCACUGGCUGCCUUAAGCAGAGUGUCAGUUAAUGUCUCCAAGGAACUUCUGCUGUGCUAUUUGAUUAAACCGUCUACUAUGAGUGACAAAGAGAUGGAGUCACCUGAAUGUAUGAAACAAAUUCGAGUUCAGGAGUGUCUCAAGCCCACCAAAGUGGCCACAGACAAGAAGACACAGGGUCAGUUUAUAUUCAGAGUUAAAUGUCGGUUGAGAACUAAAAUGCGUUUGUGGAAAGUAGGCCCAUUUGAUAACAAAAGCAGGCUUGUUUGUGUGCAGGAGGUGGAGCGAGGUGAGAGGGCACCUGGUGAUGGCCUUCUCGGCCCGGGGGUCUGCUUUGCCACUGCAGUGAGCUAAGGCCUUCAUCCUGCUGCCUGGACAAUCCGCGGCUAGGAUCGGGCAGUCAUCCUGGAGCUGCUGGAGCAUCCCCGGGAGUCCUGGGCUCCGGUACCUUGUCCUGCAGCUGCACACCUGCACCCCUGGAAGGCACCACCUCCUCAGACUGAGUCCGUGGCUUUCAGACUGAGUUGGUGGCUUACAGUUGGGGGGGAUUUUCUGAAGCUCUGACUUUGGUGUCAGGUGUCAGCAAUUCCGCGGUCUCUAAUUGGCAUUGGGCAGAGGGCAGGAUUGCUAAGGACUUCUUGGUUUGGAGUCGGAUCCGGGUUUGCAUCCUAGCGCAUCCACCUACUAGCUCAGUUGCAGCCUUAACCUCAGUUUCCUCACCUAAAAAAUAAAGUUAAUGCUAUCCAUGCACACGUACAGUGGAGACUAUUCAGCCAUGAUUCCUUCACACCCCCAACAGAAAAAGCUGCAGAGAACACGGGUUGGUGGUUACCAGGCUGGUGGGGGUGGCUGGGAGCACCUGCUUAGUGGGUGCAGAGUCUCCUUUCAGGGUGAGAAAGUAAGUGUUUGCACAACUGAAUGUACAAAAUGCCACUGAAUUGUUCACUCAAAGUUAGGUUUAUGUAAUAAAUCUCACCUCUAUUUUUUAUAAAACUAAAAAUAAGAAUGUUAUUAGUUCCAGAUGGAGGAUUCAGUGAGUUGGUCUUUACAAAGUGUUUAUUAACACAGUGCUUAACUCAUGCUAGACUUUCAGUCAUCUGAAGCCAUGAUGAUUCAGUUUGGAGGGAAAGACGAAACCCUCGUGUGCUAAUUAACCACAGUGACCUGUCAUCUGUUAAGACAAUAACUUGUGCAGGUGACUAUUGUGUGUUGAUUCUCGGAGCUCAGUUUUUGAAGCUAAUACUUUACACCCUUGUCCCCAAACGGUAAGGGGAGAUGGUGACAUCUGUCCCUUUACUGUCCCAAGUCCCCCACAGAUGCACUUCUAUAAGGUAAUCAGUUCAUACGUUACACUUAGCAGUUAUUACACCAGUGUGAGUGGUAUACCAGGCUGGAGCUGCUUAGGUUUCCCUACGUUUUUGAGCAUAAUAUUCAAGUCUGAACAUUCAUUGUUACUUCUUGAAUAAAAUUUUUGUCUUAAUUAUUUUGCCUUUAUUGUUAAAGCAUUUUUUCAUUUUCAUUAUUUUUUUAAGUUACUAUUAACUUGAAUGUGGUUUUUAACAGUUUUCUUCUUGUGGAGGGGAGUACUUGAGUUAAAAAGAAAUGAAAUAUCUCUCCUUCCCACCACCCACCUUCCAUUUACAGUUUUACCAAUUGAAUUUUUAGAAGUCUGAUUAGACUCAAGUAAUUGUACCAUGAAUGUUACCAUCCUUAAAAUGGUACCUGAGGCCCUUUUCUAAAAUUGAGAGAUAUUUAAACCCGUCAAUUUAUCUUAAAUCUUUGCUUUUAUAUAUAUAAACAAAAAAUUAAGUCGUUUUACUCUUGUGAAAUACAGGAAUGCCUCACUUAAGAACACAUGGCAUGAAAGAGCACAUUUAUGAAAUUGUUAAACUAACCGAGUAAUUCACUCUUAAUUUCUUCUGAGUGAAAGCAUUCAAGUAUUUGAAUUUUUUUAGAAUCUUUACAUUUUCAGAAACAAUAUUGCAAGGGUAGGUAAUACUUUCUCCUAACCUUUAAAAUGCACAUUCUGUUAGAGUAGAAAGAAUGGACUGAGAAACACCUGAGUCCAAAUUCCAGGUCUGUGCCAGGAAGACAGUGGUGGUCGUGCGGAUGUUGCCCAGUCACUCUGAACCUUAGUCCCCUCAGCUGUGAAAUGGGGAUAAUUCCUGGCUCCCAGCUUGUUUUGAAGACUAAAUGAUGUGACCUAUGAACAGGUCUGGCUCAUGGUGGGUGUACUUUUUUCCCUUAUGGAUAAACCAAAAGUGUAGGCAUUGCCAUCAUUAUUUUCUCCAGGAAAUGCAAAGCCUACUUUAUGCCCUAGCAGGGAAAGGACAUGAUUUAAAAAAAUAAUUUGAGGUCAAGUAGUGAAGAUAGCUCCGGGGAAAAUGUGGGUUGGGGGUAAAUGAAAUAGUAAGCACCCCCUGGGCAAAGGGAGCUAGAUACGGCCACUGUGGGGGAUUUUAAAUGAUGUCUUUUGGGUUUUCCUGGUUUUAAGAAUAACCCAUGCACGCUGCAGAGGCUUUGAAAAAACACCCUUGUGUGGGUCAUUUU